AUUUUAAUAGAAAUCCUUUAUUUCUAGCCAGCUUUCCUCUUGAAUCAAAGCAUCCUCUCUGGCUCCUGAAUCAGAAUGGCAAAUAAAGCUCAAGAGGACGCUGUCAUCAAUCUCCAGUCCCUCAGAGAUCUUGGCAAGCAACUGAGCUUCGAGUGGCCUAUGGUGGCCUAUGAACUGGGAUUCACACGUGCUGAAAUUAGCCAUAUCCAUGCCCUCACCCCGGAGAAGAGGAGUCAAGCCCAAAAAAUGCUGGAACACUGGUAUGAACGGUCGUGCAACAAACUGAACAGGACAAAGCUGCUUCAAGAGGCUUUGGAAAAAUCGGGAAGACAAGACUUGGCCGAGAGGCUUCGUUGUCUCCACUGGGGCCAUCAGAAGCUGAGCGAUAAGGUGGAGCUGCCCUCGGCGUUCCCCUUUCUCAUCACCGUGUAUAAGACCACGAACAACAAAGAGCGGCUCAGGAAAAUUAACCAGCUUACUCAUCGGUAAACCAGGAAUCUCCCAAAAUCCUCAAGUCAAGAGCCAAGCUGAGCUCAACAGAACUCUUCAAAAAAGUUAAGACUAGGAUAUACUUCCACAAUAACAAGAAAUCGGUUUUAUACAUCAGUCUGGACCCUUCUGUGUGAUCAACUGCUGUUUGAUUA